AUGGUCUUCUCAGCACGACACGGGGAGGAAGAUGACCCCGAGUCGGGUCAGCUUCUCAACAACACCAAGGAAUACGAUGAUGAAAUGGAAAAGAAAAUUCCUGAAAAGACCGGGACUUCAUCUAUGCUCGGAGUGGCCAUAUGGACUAUGGUUAAUGUUAUCUCAACGGUUGCCAUUGUCUUCACCAACAAAUCCAUCCUCACCGACCCAUCCUUCCGCAACUGCCAGAUCUCCUUCGCCGCAUACCACUUCUUCGUCACAGGCGCCACAUUAUGGGUCGCCUCCCGGCCUUGGUGCGGCCUCUUCGUGCCCAAGGAAGUCCAGAUCCGCCAAAUGCUCCCCUUAUCCGCCGCCAUGGGCGUGCAAGUGAUUCUCCAGAAUCUCGGACUCGCCAACUCAUCCGUGAUGUUCCACCAACUCGCUCGUCUUCUACUCACCCCUGUAACCGCCUUCCUGAACUACAUCCUAUACGGCGCGCGGAUCCCCCGUGCUGCCAUUUCCCCUUUGAUCCUCCUCUGCGCCGGCGUCGGUAUCGUCACAUACUACGACUCGCUGCCCAAGGAUGACGGCAAAACCACUACCUCCCUCUGGGGCAUCAUCUUCGCGUUCUCGGGUGUCGGGGCCAGCGCUAUCUACACCGUGUGGAUUGGCUUCUAUCAUCGGAAACUGGAAAUGUCGAGCAUGCAGCUUCUGUUGAACCAGGCACCUAUCAGCGCGGGAUUGCUGCUGAUUACGAUUCCUUGGAUCGAAACCCCGCCUGUUAUGUCGUAUGUGCCGAGCUCGAUGUGGUUUUUGAUUCUAACGAGCGGCGUGUGUGCUUGCCUCGUCAACCUCUCCGGAUUCUAUAUCAUCGAUGCCGCAGGUCCUGUGAGCAGCACUGUCAUCGGGCAGUUGAAGACCUGUGUGAUUGUGGGCCUCGGAUGGGCGUCUAGCAGCCAUAUCGUCAUGAGCCAAAGUGUUAUGGGUAUUGUGAUGUCGUUGGUUGGUAUGGGACUGGGCAUAGUAGAUGUAUCAUCUUCUCUUUUAGAAGAUUUCACUCGUUUCGCACAGUUCGCAGCGGCCGCAAACUGCGCAGCAAACCACAACGAGACUUCCCCCGGCUCAGCUGUCUACUGCGACGACGGGAAAUGCCCUCUCGUGGCCGAAUCAGACACAGAGAUAAUCAAGGGCUUUUGGGAAUUUGAACCAGGCGACACGACAGGCUACCUAGCGCUCGAUCGCACUCAGAAGCGCAUCGUGCUCUCAUUCCGAGGUACAACGUCUACCGAGAACGGCGAGACGGAUCUGAAAUUCCAGCAUGUCGAUGCCUCCGAUGCCUGCACGGGAUGUAAAGCCCACGAGGGAUUCUGGGAGGCCUCAACCGCUGCGAUCAAGAAUCUGACAUCGAGCGUUGAGUCUGCGGCCAAAGAGAACCCUGACUAUACGAUUACCCUGGUGGGUCAUAGUUUGGGAGGCGCGCUUGCGACGUUGGGAGCCGUCUCGCUUCGUAAUGCGGGCCUUACUGUCGAUAUGUAUACCUAUGGCGCACCAUCGGUAGGAAACUAUGCUUUUGCAAAGUAUAUUACUGACCAGACAGCCGGAGAGAACUAUCGGGUGACGCACACCCACGAUGAGGUUCCCAAGGUCUUGUAUCGGGCGUCGAGGGAGUGGCUGCUUCAUCUCGUGGUACCGGAAUAUAGUCAGUCUUCUCCAGAGUAUUGGAUCACUUCGGAUAACGGCGUCAAGCCGACUGUCUCGGACAUCGAGGUGGUUGAAGGUGUAAAUAAUGAGGACGGAAAUCUAGGUCAAGGUGGAAUUACCUUGGAUGCUCAUGGGUGGUAUAUGGGGAACAUGUCGGUUUGUGCUGAUACAUAG